UUGCCCACCAUGUGGAGAUUACAUUUGACAUUCGUAGUACUUACAGUUUUAGUGAUCAGUGGAAUAUUUUUUUCAAGUCACUUUAUCUCAAUUCAAAUGAAUAUUUGGUUGCACCGAGAGUAUUACGAACUAGUCAAUAUUAAUUUCGACUUUAAAAUUGUGAACCAAGUGUGCUCUAAGAAUUCGCCGAUGAUGUUACACGUGGUCAUUAGCGCUGCCAACCACAAUUUACAUCGGGAUGCCAUAAGAAAAAUGUGUAAAAAUGACACCACAACAGUUAAAACAAUUUUCGCCUUAGGAUUGCCCAAGAAUGAGACGUUACAGAAAAAGAUCGAACAAGAAAACUAUUUGCACGAAGACAUUAUCCAGGGCAAUUUCGAUGAUACCUACAGAAACCUAACUUACAAACACGUAAUGGCAUUAAAGUACUUAAAUUAUUACUGUCCCAAGACAAAUUACCUACUUAAAACUGACGACGACGUAUUUGUGAACACGAAAGUGUUACAACAAUUCGUUCCAAUUCUUAAGACACAUCAUCCCAGCAAUCUAAUUAUGUGCAAGGUGCUAAAAAAAGAGCCUGUACAUAGGACUAGAUCAAAAUGGAAUGUCAAAAAGGCCGAGUAUUUACCAGACAUUUAUCCAACGUUUUGUGCGGGUUGGAUGAUAAUCUACUCGUCUGAUGUUGUUCAGUAUCUUUACAAAAAAACCCACGAAAGGAAGAGCGAAUUUUUUUGGAUCGAUGAUGUUUUCGUUUCAGAUAGAUUUAAAAAAAUAACUAAAGGCAAGAAAGUAGUUUAUGAUAAACCAUUUAUGUUCAGUCCUCCGAUCAAAAAGGUUGAGGAAUUUAAAGCACUGUGGAAUUUUACUUUAAAGCAGAAUGUGUCUGAAAACCUGGAGAAGUUUGGUGUUUAACACAAACUCGA